UCUCAAAACCCCUAUUCUUCUCUCAUACAUUCAAGCUUCAAAACUCUUAGACCAGCAUCUGUUUUUUGGGUUAAGCACUCGACCAACAUUUUCAUAAACGGUACCCCAAAAUAAUGCCGAUUCAAUCGUUCAUCGCGGCACUUGCCUUUCUCUCUCUCCUAUCUCCGGCCGUUUCUGGCCAUUCCCCGACCGAUGUAAGAGCUUGGUGCAGCCAAACACCCCACCCCGAACCCUGUGAGUACUUCUUGACCCGCGACCCGAAAUAUUACGCCCGACCCAUCAACAAAAAAUCUGAUUUUUUCAAACUCUCCGUGGAGCUCGCCCUAGACAGAGCCGUGCAAGCCCAAGCCGACGCUUACCGGCUCGGCUCAAGGUGGGCUAACGAGCUCGAAAAAGCCGCGGCAGCUGAUUGCCUCGAUCUCUACAACUUCACCAUAAAACAGCUCAACAGGACGUCACUCGAUAUGCAUGCCAACCGGGUCGACGCUCAAACGUGGCUCAGCUCCUCUUUGACUAACCUCGAGACAUGCCGAGCCGGCUUCAUUGAUUUUGGCGUCACUGACAAUAUUAUUCUCCCCUUGAUGAAUAACAAUGUGUCUAGCUUGAUUAGCAACACUUUGGCCAUGAACAAAGUCCCAUAUGGUAUUUGGGGUAAAUAUAAACAAGGGUUUCCUAAUUGGGUUUCGCCCGGUAACCGAAAACUUCUGCAGUCGACAUCUCCGGCGGCUGUGGCAAAUAUCGUGGUGGCCAAGGACGGGUCGGGGAAUUAUACGACGGUGGUGGCAGCGGUGGCAGCCGUGGCGGGGAUGCGGUCGGGGAAUGGGAGGUUUGUGAUUUAUGUGAAGGCAGGGACUUACAAGGAAAAUGUUGAGAUAAGAUUGUCUAACAUUACGUUGGUUGGGGAUGGCAUUGGUAAGACUGUAAUUACUGGAAGCAAAAGUGUUAGAGGAGGCUCUACAACCUUCGCUUCAGCUACUAUUGCGGUGGUCGGAGACGGGUUCAUUGGACAAGGCAUCACAAUCCGAAACACGGCCGGAGCAGCUAACGGCCAGGCCGUGGCCCUCCGGGUCGAUUCCGACCUCUCUGUCUUCUACCAGUGCAGCUUCGAAGGGUACCAAGACACGCUUUACGUGCAUUCCCAAAGACAAUUCUACAAGGGAUGUGACAUUUAUGGUACGGUAGACUUCGUAUUUGGCAAUGCCGCCGUAGUACUCCAAAACUGUAGCAUUUACGCACGCUAUCCCGGCCAUGGCAAGGGCAACACCAUAACCGCACAGGGUCGGAUCGACCCUAACCAAAAUACCGGAAUUUCAGUUCACGAGUGUCAGGUGAUUGCAGCCUCUGACUUGAAACCACUUUUAGGGUCGGUCCAGACGUACCUCGGGCGGCCUUGGAGGAAAUAUUCGCGCACGGUUUUCAUGAAGACUUACCUUGGUAACCUAGUCAACCCCGCUGGAUGGUUACCGUGGAGAGGUGAUUUUGCCCUUUCUACUUUGUACUACGGAGAGUACAUGAACACGGGUUCCGGAUCAUCCACGGCUAAUAGGGUAAACUGGACUGGAUACCAUGCGAUUACUAGUGCCAGUGUAGCUUCUGAAUUUACCGUUGCAAAUUUCAUCGCGGGUGAGUCGUGGUUGCCGGCCACCAAGGUUCCAUUCACGGCCGGCCUUGGAUGAAAAAUUAAUAGUAGUCCAAAAUAUAGCCCUCAUUUAAGUUUUCAUCCAUGGCAUCAUCAUGCCCAUUAUUUUUCAGUUAUGAGUAUUUGGGCGCUA